CGCCCUCCGCCCCGGACCGUGAGUCAUGGCUGGUAUCGUACCGCUGUCUGGUAGAUCCGGCAGAAAACAGUGGACGCUACACGAUGGACCUAAAGGGUCUCUUAGACGGUUACGUUCCCGAUUGGCAGAAGACGGCUGUCCGGAAUCUCAAGUAAUUUUGGCUAAGCAGUUGUUAGAGGAACAAUGUGGUAAGUUGAA